CCGGGAGCCCCCCGCGGAGCCCCCCGAGAUGUCCGCGGCCGCCCUCUGGCUCCCCAUGACAAGCAGCCCGGAGGAUUUCUUCAGGGACUACCUCAAGAUGUUGGCGAACAUCGUCAUCCUGAGCCUGCUCAUCUCGGUCUCUCUGGCGUUCUGGAUUGUGUCCAUGACUGCGAGCACAUACUACGGUGAUAUCCGACCAAUUUCUCCGUGGCGCUGGCUUUUUUCAGUCACAGUUCCAGUAGUGAUUGUUACACAAGGUUUUAAGAAGAGGAGUCUUGAUCACAGUGGUGCAUUGGCAGGAUUGGUGGUUGGAUUUAUCCUUACAGUUGCAAAUUAUAGUUUCUUCACUUCUUUGCUUGUAUUUUUUGUUACUUCUUCAAAACUUACUAAAUGGAAAAAAGAUAUAAAGAAACGUAUAGAUUCAGAAUACAAAGAAGGUGGGCAGAGGAAUUGGUUGCAGGUAUUCUGCAAUGGCGGUAUUCCUACUGAGCUGGCUAUCUUGUAUAUGAUAGAAAGUGGACCUGGUGAAAUUCCAAUAGACUUUUCAAAGUAUUACACGGCAUCGUGGAUGUGCUUAUCCCUUCUGGGAGCUUUGGCGUGCUCUGCUGGCGAUACGUGGGCAUCAGAGAUUGGUAGUGUUAUGAGUAAAAGCAAGCCAAGGUUGAUAACGACCUGGAAACAAGUUCCAGUAGGUACUAAUGGAGGAGUUACACUGGUGGGCCUGCUCUCAAGUUUUCUUGGUGGCAUGGCAGUAGGUAUAGCCUACUACAUAACACAGCUCAUUUUCGUGAGUGAUCUGGAUGUGUCGGCUCCACAGUGGCCAAUUAUUGUGUUUGGAGCAGCAGCUGGCUUACUGGGAUCAAUUCUUGAUUCAUAUUUGGGUGCUACAAUGCAGUACAGUGGUUUUGACAAGAAUAUCAGCAUGGUUGUCAGCUACCAAACAAGAGACUGCCAGCACAUAUCUGGAAAACCUAUAUUAGACAACAAUGCAGUAAAUCUUUUUUCCUCUCUACUCGUUGCUCUGGUUUUUCCAGCUGUGGCAUUGUGUUUCUGGCCAAGACGUUGAAAUGUCUUAAGGCUUUUGGCAUGUAAUCAGUUUUGUUCAGUCUUUCUUAAAGUGCUCUUUGAGCACUCUUAAAGAAAGGGAUCUGAACAUUUGAGAGAGCCAAUGGAUUUCCAUCUCAACUUAUGUAAGCUUCGUAUGGCAGCAGUCAUCUAUCAGGACAAGAAGUUUUGUUAAUUUUGCUGUUGCUCUUCUUUGAGCGGGUGCAGAUCAUUGCCAAGUGAGGUAAAGAACUUUGUUUGUCCUCCUGAAACUUAAGGAUUGGCUUCAGUGGUCUCAAAGGAGGAGCAAGAGGCUGGAAAUGGAAAUGUGAUCUACGUUUACCAGGGCGUUGGAGCACUGAAGCUAAGGUCCAAAUCCAAGCCAGGCCCAAAUCCUCUGCAACUUUGUGUGGGCAGCGAUAAUACAGGUAGAAAGGAUGAAUUCUGGUUUAGUAUUCCCUAUAAUCUGGAGUAUGUAAAGUUUUAUGGAAAUGUUUUAGGGAGGAAAAAAAAAAAAAGGUAAGCCUUGUUGCCUAUUCUAUAUCCUGAUAAAACUUUCUCUUCCCUGAAAAUGCAAUUGUUAAAAAUAAUAUCAUUAUGUGACGUUUGGAGCAAAAGAUUAUGGUUAGAAUUAAAAAAAAAAAAAAGGUGUUUGCGGUAAGAAUAAUAAAUUUGCCCAUGUUUAUUUGAAAUUGUUAUUUCCUAACUAAUUAAAUGUAUGAAGAUUAUUAUCACAAUUGUAAUGCAAUAGUUAUUAAAUUAUCUGGAAUUAUCUGGAAUUCACAUUCAUUGUUUUAUAAAUAUACAGAUUGUCUCUGUAAGCACAGGAUUGCUAUUUAGAGUUCUGAGCAAACUGUAUUCUUUGGUUCCUGCAGAGCAGUGUAAGUUUUUCUUACUUCUGUUUGAGGUGGCUAUUCACAGAUGAGAGUCUCAACCAAAGAAGGUACAGAGGUUAUCCUCAAAGUGAGUAGAGAAAGUUUCAUUGACAAAUCAUUUCGAAGUGGGAGUUUUAGUGCUUUGUCUGCUAUGUCUGCUGGUUCCACCUCUCUUCGUUAAUUAUAGAAGAUGUGGAAGUUGCUGAGCCAGCAUAGGUUGUAUUUAAACUUCAUACAUACCUUCAUAGUAACUGGAGAUGUUCAGAAGGUAGAGCCCUUUCUGUUAGCUUCUUAUUUUUGUCGUUAGAGGUAGGUGAAGAUUUGUAUUAAAUAGCUGAUUUUUAGUUUAUCUUUUCUUUUACAAAUGUUGUGUAUGUCUCCUGUCCAAAUUCAUUUGGAUGGUACUCUGUCACUUUUUCUGAGAACGUUCAAAGAUUUUAAUACUUCCACAUUGGAUUUAUUGAUUUGAAAUUUACUCUACAAGUCUGGAAUUCAGCACUGGAACUAGUGAACUGUAUUAUCCAGCUUUUUGAAGGUAUAAAAGCUUUCUGAAAAGAACAAGUUGUGUGGUUGCUGUAUGUCAGCCUUUCUGCAGAAAAGCACACAAUCAUGAAAGGAAUGUAUGCAGUUGAUCUGUAGCAAGGUAUACAUGAGUUGUUUCUGGUUUUGUUUCUUUUUUUAGUGGAUUUAUGCUGCUUCUACAUAAAGACUGUGUUAGUCGGCUUUUAGGAUUUUAUUAAUACUUCUGUAAUGUUUAGAAUUAAGAAAUGCACAUUUUGUAAAGUAAUUUUUCUUUCAAUUGAAUGCCUUAUUUUUUUAAUAUUAUUUCAGUUCCUGAAAUAAAGUCUGCUUUCAAAUACUGAGGUAGACUUAGCCUGCUUUUCACUGCUGUUCAAUACUAGUCUCAUUUUAAAAAUAGCAUGUCACAAUGAGAAGACAUCUGUAGUUUUAAGUCCAGUAUGAAAUGCUUUGAUCUGUUAUCACAUGAAUUAGUGUGAUCCCAUCAGAGUCCUGCAGGAAGGACUUUCAAAGGCUACUGUUUGGAAUUUUACCUUUGUCUUAUCUUCAUGAUGGUGACACUGAGUUGUUUAUGAAAUUCCCACUCCUAAAUCUUCAAUAUUUAAAAAGAUCAGAGUACUCUUGAACUCCAAAAAAGACAGUGUUAAUUCUAGGUAUGCUGUAUCAACUGAGGUGCAGCUUAUGCUAAUUUAGUUACUUCUUUUUAAUAGAAGGUACAGGGAGGAAGAAACGGUGUGUGGCUGUACCUGUGAACAGCCUGUUAAGUGGUGUGUCACUAAGAGCCAUUACUGAGAUGAGAAAGGAGCAGACAGGGAUGUGCUGCCUUUCCACGUGAUACUUUGGGAAAUAGAAACUGUAGAAGUAAAAGGGAAAAUGAGGAGAGAAGCUACAUUGAAAACAGAGAAAUCUAAAACACCUGAAUAUGUUUUGCUUCAGAACUUUGGGUACCUUUGCUGUGUGAGAUAACUCUGUCACUAAAUUUUAUUGAAGUGACAGAGAUUUUCCACAGCCCCAAGAGGAUGCAUUGAAUUUUUAUUUUUUUUAUUUGAGAAGUUUUGAUUGUGAAACAUUGUUCCUCAUUUUGGGCUUGUUUUCAGAUGUGUUAGAAGUUCAAGUAAAAGUAUGAGAAUGGCAUAAUUUAUUUUUAAUAAAUAACAUAUUGCAAUCA